AUGGCGUCUGCAAAGCGUGGACCCUCUGUUUUGGUGACAGAUGCUCGCCAACGACCUUCACCACCCAGCGCGCCCCGGCGCAUGGGUUCUACAGGUGGUCCCGGCCGCCUCUUGAAUGGACGCUCCUUCACCGUCGACAACGUCUUGCAGUACUCAUCAGAUAUUCCAUCCGGCUUACCCAGGCUGCCACCCGGCCAGCGGCCAACACGUGCUGCCCUCCGUCGUAGUAGCCAUGGCGCGGGACUGCCGAAUGCUUCUCUCCGAACUGGUCAACAGAUCGUGCCUUCUAGGACUACUAAGGUUAGCGAGAAGCUCGUUCUUCUCCCCGAAGCCCCCGACGACGAGGACGCGCUGGGCGAUGAAGAUCUGGAGCGGCGCGCCUCCAUCCUGCGUGCAUCCGAAGAUGACAACCGGCCAUUAAAGGACGAAGAGCUGGAUGUCUUGAGAAAGAGAGGAGGACUUCGUGGCAAAAGCUACGCCGAGCGUUUACCCAAGGUGCAGCGAGGCGAAAGGGUUUCCCGACUUACUGCCUAUUGUACAGCACAAGCCUACAAGAUGAAAGCGACAGCCGAGUUUUUGAAGAAAAAGCACGAAGCCAAGACGAAGCUCUACGACGAUUGUCUUUACACGGUUUAUCACCUGCCUCUGCUUCCUGGUGUAGAUGGUUACCGGCUACGGAGUCGACCUAUCUUGAAGACUCCAGGCACGGGAAAGACUGUGCUAGAUCUUGAAAUCGAACGCAGCGAGCGAAGAGACGAGCACGAGGGUUACUGGGAUGAAUACCCGUUCAAUAUGCACGGAUCAGCAGACAGCCCAAGCAAUGGGAGCACAUUACUACAGCAUGCUCACAGUGGCGUUGACGAGAUGGGUGCUCCCUCGUCAGACCAAGAUCAGAAGGCACUGGACCACCCUCCAAUCAGCCCCAUAAACCGCCUGGCACCAGAUGCUAAGCGGUUUGGCGAAAUGUUCGUCUUUUCGUAUGGCGUAGUAGUAUUUUGGAACUUCACAGAGCACCAGGAGAAGGAUAUCCUGGCAGAUUUAACAUUCGCCGAGAACGAGACGGGUGUUUCGCUUGCUACUCGCCCCCUUGAUCAGAACGACUUUGAGACUGAGGAGUUCCACUUCGAGUACAGCGCCGACGUGGAACGCCCUCGCGUUUUCAACGACAUGAUCACACUUCUUCCUCGGUCCGACCACAUGGUCAAGCUUACCAUCAGCCAUGCCAUUGCCCAAAGCACCAAACUCUGCUUCUUCGAGGAACGCAUGUCGGAGACGAUGGAAGGUGCUCAGGGCGUACCAAAGACCCUUGCGCUUACGGGUAAGCUGGAUAUGGAUAGGACCGAAGUUCUCAAGAUCCUAGGACAGCUCUUCAAGAGUCGUGUAGACAUCAAUCUUUCAUCGAACAUCCUCGAAAAGCCCAAUUUCUUCUGGGACUCGGAACCCACACUCGGCCCGUUAUACGAAGCCAUCAGAGACUACCUCGAGAUCGAAACCCGCACCAAGGUUCUCAACGAGCGUUGCCAGGUCUUCCUCGACUUGGCCAGCAUUCUGUCCGACCACGUGGCCGACGCAAAGAUGAGCUACAUCACCUGGAUCAUCAUUAUCCUUAUUGUCAUCAGUAUCAUGGUCACCGUCACGGAGGUGCUCCUGCGCUUUGCCAUUUUGUCGAACGAAAAAGCAAAGGAUGGCACCAAUGGCCUCAAAAAUGCGAUCGUCGGUGGUGGUGACUUGUUGACCGCUCAUAACCGGAUCGAUCUUCGGAGUCUGGAAACAAAACUGGCGAAUGCGAACCUUACUCUGGACGACCUGAGGCUGUGGAGCGCGGCCAUGAACGAGCAGGAGAAGAAGGCAAUUUGUGGUGCGGAGAUCGUGGGCACGACGUUCAAGGGAUUGUGA